GAUUUCUACCGUGUGUUGACGCGAGAGUUGGUCGUGGUUGACGCGUAACAACAAAUGAACACGCAAAGGAUGUGACACCGCAGCAAACGUAAGGGCACACAGACUAAGCAAAGAUGCAGAACCUGAACAAGCCACUUCUUGACGACCUGGCGAAAGAGCUGUGGACGGAGGAGGUCCUCCCGCGAGCAAAGGAUGCCGUGGUGUUCCUGGACAAUGCCAUGGCCGAAGCGCUGCACUGGCACGGAGGAGCCCCCAAGCUCUUCGAAGCCGGUGCUCUGGCUGUCAGAGAGUUCUGCUUUUUCGAGCGUGGGUCGGCGUCCGAGCCCAAGGCCCUGUUCCUGGUGUCGAGCCCCGUGGCAGAACGCACCCUCUCCACCCUGUCCUCCGUCGUGCGGGCGAGCGUGUUCACUUCGUGCUGCGUCAUCACCUCCUGUCCGCCCGCAGCCCAGAGGCUGGCCAGGUACGGCUCAGCGGAGGGACCAGGAGGGCCCCAAGCGUUUCUGGAUGCGGAGGAGCAGCUGCUUGACUGGAUGGGAAACCCGACCCUCACAGCUGAAGUCAUGUAUGUCCCGCUUUCCGUGGUAAACAUCACUUCAAAGUUCUUUGUGAUGCCCCAGUUUUGCCACGUGUUCCCACCUCUCCAGGAACAUUUUAACACAAACCAGGGACCUCCUUUGCUAGAAUUUGGAGCUCUACCCCGAGAGAUGCAGAUUGACCUGAAGUCCCUGAUAGGCAACCUCAACUCGCUGUUCGAAGUCCUCCGGGUGAGAGAGGAGACCUUCUCCCUGGGGCCCCUGUCUCGGCUCGUGGGGGAAGAACUGGCCCGUCUCUCCAAGGGUCACAGGAAGGGAGCAGAGUCGAGAGUCUCCCUGGUGCUUGUGGACCGGACCCUGGACAUGGCAGGACCGCUGACCUCGUCGUGCGAGUCCCUGCUCGACCGGCUGGCGAGGGUGCUGCCAACCUGGCCAGGCCACAACCUGGAUGUGUGCGUGGACAUGCGCCUCCUCUGCUCCUCUCCUUCCGUUGAGGAGGAUGUUCCAUCAGAGGCGGCAGUGUAUCCCGGGUGCCUUGCUCACGAAGAUUCCAGGCUGGCAAUGCACCACCUUGUGAGCACCAAACAUAAGGAGUGCUUGAUGGAACUGAACCGGCUGCUGGUGGACGUUGCGCUGAAGCAAGGAGUGCGCCUGGACGUCUCUGGCCGGCUGACGCCCGAACUGCUGAAGAAGAGGGUCCUUCAGCUCAGGCGGGACGGCGGAGACGUUGCCCUUUGGCUGGGCCUGGUCCAGCAGGUGCUGGGGGUGGCCCAGGCGAUGCUGAGUCCCUCCUACGCCCGGCUAGAGGAGCUGCUGAGCACAGAGAAGGUGCUCGUGCAGAACGCUGCCGUCUCCGGCAACGCAGCCUGCCGGAGCCUGGUCCAGCUCUUGCGCUCCAGGAAGACAACGGGUCUCCGGUUAGAGGAUGUCCUGGUCUUGCUGACGCUGCUCUACUCGCUGCUCGGAGACAAAACCCUGGGAGGAGCGACCGAACGACGCACGCUCAAGGCUGAAAUUGUCGCUGCUAUUUACCAGGCUGCAUCGGAGAACGAGCUUCCUGCAUUCCUGCAGAAUCUCGCCUCCAGCAACGAGAAAGGCCUCGACGAAAACGAAGUUAUCCAGGCAGUUGACCAGAUGCUUAACACCCUGCGGUCCCUCGGACUUGCCAAGGAGCAGCUGAAAAAGUACAGAGCCAUCCUGGAAGACGGGGACCCCAUGCAGCCAGCUAUGUACAAGCCACUGCUAAAGCAGCUGCUGCAGGAUAUCUUCGACCCAGACGCAAAGGAGCUGCCUCACUUGGACCAUCAUUCGGGAGGGCUGGGCGACAUGCUCAAGACUGGCUUCGGGUUUUUCAAGAGCACAACCAAGCCACUGCCAAAGGACAACCCAACGUUGAUUCUGUUCAUUAUUGGCGGUGUGACGGCCUCCGAAGUGAAACUCGUAGCAGACUUUGUUUCUUCGAGGAAACUCAGUAAGCAGGUUAUUGUCGGAAGCACUUCAUUGGCCAGGCCCUCCGAGCAGCUGGGCCUCCUCUUCAAAAGAGACCUGGCACACACGUCCGACUUGCUGGAGCGUUUAUGAAUGAAUGUAACAUCAUAAUUACAGGGUGAAACAAGGAGACGCCAGGCUCUUUAAAUCGACCGGAAAAUUCAGUUUCUUAACCUAUCGCGCUACGACUUUGUACAGCGUUGCCCACAGAUGGUGCAUUUUUUUUUUGUAAAAUUUGUAAAGAGCAAACUUACCUGAGGAAAAAGUAAAGAAAGAAAAAGGCUUAGCUCCUAUGGAAACGCAGCAACGCCACCACUCCUCCAAGAGCAUGGCGCCGUUUCGCACGGGACACAAGAGAUGGUGCAACGAACGAGCAUAUUGCGCCGAGAGCCAGCGUCUUUAGCAGACAAUCUUUUCGACUCAAAAGCGGCGCGCGUUCCGCAGGUGGCGACAGUCGCAGAAACAAAAAGAGGCGUGGUAAGAACAAGGAACUGCAGUUUCUUGUCUGCUAAAUACGCCGGCUCUCGGCGUCGUCUGCUCAAUCGUUGGCGGCAGUUGGCGUCGCAACCGCUUGCGCCAUCUCGUGUUUCCCUAGCGAAAUGGCGCAGUGUUGUUUGAAGACUGGUAGCGUCGCUCCGUUUCCAUAGUAGCUAAGCCUUUUUCUUUCUUUAUUUUUUCCUCAGGUAAGUUCGCUCUUUGCAAAUUUUACAAAAAAAGAAUCUGUGGGCAACGCUGCACAAAGUCGUAGCACGAUAGGUUAAAAAACCGAAUUUCCCUGUCGAUUUAAAGAGCCUGGCGUCUCCUUGUUUCACCCUGUAGAUAUAACUUUAAUAAAUAAGGGAACCUAUAAAGUUUGUGCUUGCAUUGCGUUCUCCAUCGGCGAAAGUAGGACACAGAUGCAGCAUUCGUGAGUCUAUUUGCAUAGUAAAGCGUAUGGCUAGUACAGGAAGAGUGACAUUAUAACUGGACACUAUAAAUAAAGAAAUUUGUCAAGUUUUAAGCUUGCAUCCUUGGCUUCUGCCAUGGGAAAAAAAAUUGAGGCAGGGACGCCUUCACUUCACGAGUCCAUGUCCA